AUGGCUGAUCAAGUCGACCAGAAGUACUUCAAGGAGCUCGAAGCAUACAAGUUCAACCUGAAACUCUACGAAAAGCAACAGGAAAGAGUUCGCAAGGUCAAAAAGCCCUUCAUCAAGCUUAUCGAUCCCUCGAUCCUCGGAGAGAUUUCGGGAGCGCAGCCCCGUUUCACCAAAGGCACAAACAUACAUACGGCAAACACUAUGGCGCAAAAGAGGAAUAUGAGGCAGAAAAGAAAAGCAACACUCGGAAAUAAAGAGGCAUGGCUUACCCUGACUAGCCACUAUCAGAUGAACCUGACUAUGCAAGAGUCCCUGGUGCUCAAGGAGAUCCGAGAAGUCAAGCUGGCGGAUUUCAGGAACAUGCAAGAUUACAUCACUAAGCUCGACAAUAUCAAUGCCGACCUGAAAUCACUCGGUCCGACCCACGAGCUUCUCAAAGAGUGCUACAAGUUUUUUUUUCUUGGUGGCUACAGAUACAUGCCAAAGGGGAAGUGUUUGGCCAGGGGCCAACAACAGUCGGCGGCUCAGGUGAGCUCGCUCGCUCAGCAUUAUGUAGAUUCCAUGAUUAGGCCGGCUUCAAACUAUCCCGACGUCUUGGUCUCUGGAGCCCUUCAGCCGGAGCUGGUAGCGUUGACACCCUCUUCUGCUCUACACUGGUCUGCCAGUUAUAACCUUCCUAGCGAGGCGUGA